AUGGUAAAUAGCCACCAGAUCGCGCCACAACCGCGACGGACCCCCGCAGACGAUGUCGCCGCCGCUCUCAACGACGGCAAGAGACACUUGCUGCUAGCAGCAACAGGCUCAGUCGCGACCAUCAAGCUCCCACUCAUUAUCUCCGGGUUUGCAGACUGUCCUAAUAUCUCGAUCCGAGUCAUUUUGACCAAAGCCGCGGAGCAUUUUUUCGCUCCCUCUCGGGAACACCCCGCGGGUGUGCCUCUAGCCUCCCUACCAAACGUCGACUCGGUUCACCUGGACGAAGAUGAAUGGGCUGCGCCAUGGACCCGCGAGUCGGAGAUACUUCAUAUAACGCUGCGUCGUUGGGCUCAUAUACUCGUCAUCGCGCCGUUGAGCGCCAACACAUUGGCCAAAGUGGUGAACGGCAUCUCGGAUAAUUUGCUUACGAGUGUUGUGCGGGCGUGGGACACGACGGGUCGCAUCGAUGGGAAGAGGCGUAGGAUUGUCGUCGCUUUGGCUAUGAAUACGGCCAUGUGGAUGCAUCCUAUAACGGCGCAGCAAGUACGCGUUUUGGAAGAGGAUUGGGGGAUCAACGAUAAAGACAGGGACGACACUAAGGAAGUCGAUGGGGCCGUGCAGCAAGGGUGGUUCGAGGUCCUUUAUCCCAUUAAGAAAAUGCUCGCUUGCGGUGAUAUUGGGGCUGGUGCUAUGAUGGAGUGGCCGGAGAUUGUGAAGAUCGUCAAGCGGAGACUGGGCCUGCCUCCUGCUGUUGCUUCACAGCCCGUGUGA